UUUUGAACUUGUAAGAAACGGCCUUAAAAAGCAUUUGGGGCUACUUAAGAGAGUGCAUUUUUUUCUGGCCAGAGCGUCACGCAGGCUUCUUUUGCCCAACAGCUUUGAGGGAGCCGAGAGCCGAGUGCAGGCGAAAUGGCCCUGGUGCCCUAUGAGGAGACAGCAGGAGUGGGGUUGCAGAAAUUCCACAAGCCCCUUGCCACCUUCUCCUUUGCGAACCACACGAUCCAGAUCCGGCAGGACUGGAGACAGCUGGGAGUGGCGGCGGUGGUUUGGGACGCGGCUGUCGUUCUUUCCACGUAUCUGGAGAUGGGAGCUGUGGAGCUCCGGGGCUGCUCUGCGGUGGAGCUGGGUGCCGGCACCGGGCUGGUGGGCAUAGUGGCUGCCCUGCUGGGUGCUCAUGUGACUAUCACGGAUCGGAAAGUAGCAUUAGAAUUUCUUAAAUCAAACGUUCAAGCCAACUUACCUCCCCAUAUCCAACCCAAAGCUGUUGUUAAGGAGCUGACUUGGGGACAAAAUUUGGGGAGUUAUUCACCUGGAGAAUUUGACCUGAUACUUGGAGCUGAUAUCAUAUAUUUAGAAGAAACAUUCGCAGAUCUUCUGAAGACUUUGGAACAUCUCAGUAGCAACCGCUCCGUGAUUCUUUUAGCUUGCCGAAUUCGCUAUGAACGGGACAACAACUUCUUAGCAAUGCUGGAGAGGCAAUUUACUGUGAGUAAGGUUCACUAUGAUCCUGAAAAAGAUGUAUAUAUUUACAAAGCACAGAAAAGAAACCAGAGGGAGGACUUAUAGUUGACUUUAAUUUAUAAGACUGUUGUUAUUGAGUGUGUCAGUGAAGGUCUUAGACUGGGAAUUGAACCACAUUUAAUGAAAUGGCUUACUGAACAAAAAGUCUAACCAAAGGUUCUCAAGGGACAAAGCGCAUAUUUAAAACAAAGCAGCACUCUGUCCCACUGCUAUGACUUUUUAGUCCUAUUUGACUCUGAAAAAUUUAACCCCCAUUAAAGGAACGUAUGAGAUAUC